AUGGCGACCGUGAAAGGCGGCACAAGACCGCCGUGGGUGGGUCUGGGAGCCGCCGUGUGGGUGCAGAUAGCGUCCGGAAAUGCCUACAACUUUCCUCUCUAUUCUCACUCUCUGAAAUCGAUUCUGGGUUUUAACCAGCACCAGCUCACCAUGCUUGGCGUUGCCAACGACAUCGGAGAGAAUGUGGGUCUGCUCCCCGGCUUCGUCUGCAACAAGUUCCCGCCAUGGGUUGUUCUUCUCAUCGGUACUUUUGCUUGCUUCUUCGGCUAUGGCCUUCUUUGGCUCGCCUUCACCGGUACCAUUGAGCCCCUGCCUUACUGGCUGGAAACUUGGAAUCCAGGGAGUUCAAUACGCAUUGUGGCUUCAGCCAUGCAAGUGGCCACCUCUGUCAAUGCUCAAUUUCAUGGUUACAAUACAUGUUGCUUUGGACAUGAGCACCAAACAAGGCAUUGAACGGACUGACAGAAGAGGUUUUUUUAAAGAGUUCUAGUAAAUUUGGACUGCUGGAAUAUGAUUUAAUGAUGCAAACAAAUUCAGUUCUUGAAGUCGUGGACAAGGAAGUUUUUGGCACAAUUUUGAGUCAAGGUUCCAGAGCUGGAGAAUAUGCAUGUUUGAAAAAUGAUCUUUCGAGUAGAUUAAAUUAUGCAUCUAGUGGACUGUAUCAGAAAAUAGAGUGUUUUUGAACCAACACUUUAAACUGUGGCCUUUGCCUUGUUUCUCUUCAGUUCUAAUAUCUCCAUGAGUGGUGAACUGUAUCUUUUCGACUCCAUAUCUUUAUAGUUGUGAGAUAUCCCUAUCUUUAGAGUGGUGAGUUUCAUUGCUUUUGUAUCUCUUUGGUGGAUUCCAUUGAGUGGUGUGUAAAGCUCCUAAUUUUAUGUGUGUGUGUGUAUGAUCUGCUACUUCCUUAUUUCCAGUAACCUAGUAUCAGGCACUGUGAAGGAUGCUAUUUGCUUGACUGGAUCAUAGGUCAAACAAGUACAAGGUUGCUUAACCACAAUAUUUUGCAUUGUAUUACCACCAAAAUGAAGUUUGAUGCACUC